GAGCCUUCCUCACUACCUCUUCACACAUUUCCAGACACAGCUCAAUAGAGAGUGAAAGAGUCCAGUAAUGUUCUUGCGCUCCGUUCUCCUGUGUGGCCUGCACGCCCUCGCCCUGGCAGGUCUGCUUACCGAGCCAUCAGCUGACUCCAAGGUGAAGCUUGAGCGCGGCUCCUGUCCGUCCUUCUGGUAUGAGUUUGACACCGACUGCUACAAAUAUGUUGCUAGCACAUGGACCUGGGUCGAUGCUGAGCUCUACUGCCAAUCAUUGGGCGCACACCUGGUCUCUAUCCAUAGCACCAGCGUAAUGAACUUCCUUACCACGCUGAUAGAGAACUAUGACCCAACCACAGGGGACUACUGGAUAGGAUUAAAUGAUGUGCAUAAAGAAGGCUCCUGGAUGUGGAGUGACGCGUCCCUAAGAGACUAUAGUUAUUGGGGCCGUGCACAGCCAGACAACUAUAAUGGAGCGCAACAUUGUGUCCAACUGCAGUAUUACGCGACGGUGAAGAAAUAUGCUUGGAAUGAUGAGAAGUGCACAAUCGUUGCUCCUUCUGUUUGUAAACUUCGUAAAACCUGUCCAUAGGGUCUAUGACUGUUUAUUUGAAAAUAACAAUAAAAAUAUGACCAAUCAAAAAA